UUGGCGAGACCCUCGGCCGGCACGAUCAGCCUGCGUGUUUUGCGGUUUGUUGCUGUUGGGGAUUCGAGCUGAAAUGGUCAAUUGUUAACAUCGGUGCGAAUUCUCCAUUUGAAAUGGAUUUGGUAUCAUACGGAACUCGUCAUGAGGCCUCUACGGAGGCAGUCCUGGAAGCCCUCCGAGAUAGCAGCAAAGGAAAGCUAGUCUACGAAACCCACUGGCCUUCGAAGAAUUGGUGGCAGGACGUCCUUCAUAGCAAGCCCAUGAUACAUUUGGACGAAAGACUAUUGCCGCUCCGGUUUGAAUACGACCGUCAGCAAAAAGACACCGCUGACGGUCCUACUCCACAGGAUGUCAUGCCGAGCGACCAAAGUUCUGGCGAGUCGCCAUCGGACAACACGCCAUCGCCGAAAAGCGACGACGCUCAGGACCUGUACGCAUACGUAGUCGGCUCGGACUACGACGUCUCCAUACACAAUUACGAGCAAGAAAGAUUGAACAGCGUCAGGAAUGCCAUGAGGAAGCGGAUUGCACAUUAUGAGCAGCAGAACCGCCGUUGGGAGGAGCAGGCCAAAAAACACCUUAUGCUGAUUGAGCGGAACCAGACACUCGAGUACCAGAUGCAGUUGGACAAGCUCAACCAGGAGUACCUUGAAGGGCUUCGAGAGCUUGCAGAGAAAAGCCAGAUGACGCGAGAACAUCACCAGAGCCAUGUGCGGCACCUGAGGAACAAAAUUAAAGAAGCGGAGCUGAAACAAAAGCAGCAGGAAGAGGAAGAGAAGAAAAGGGAGGCAGAGUCACAGCAGCGAGCAGAGUCGUUGCGCUGCCAGUGCCAGGAGAUGGAGUCCACGUUGGCGUCGGUGCGCAAGGCUCUUGGGGAGUGCCCCUUUGCCUCGUUCCUCACGACCCCCGUGGAGGACCACCAAGGCCUGCUAGACCGCAUGGCCCGGCAGGUGGCAGCCUUUGGCGCGCUCACCGCUGUCUCGCGUGAGGACCUCAGCCGGGUCCUCGACUUUGCCACCCAGCUCAACGCCCUGGUCCACUCCGUCGUUGCUGAUGUUGAGCAAGCCACCAAGAAAGGAAUUAUGGCACAGAAGCAAGAGCAACAGAACGCCGUUGUCGAGAAUACGGAAGACAUAGAGGCCUGCGUGCAAGAGGCAGACUCCAGCGCUCAACCGUCGGCACAAUCGCCAGCUGCAGGAAGCAUGAGCCAGGCCGAAACGAGCCAGCUGAAGAUGCACGCCAGCAUUUUGGACAGACUGGAACAGUGGCAGGCUUCUUACAAAGAGCUCACCCAGGACAAAACACACAAGAAGUACUGCUUCGACCUUCUAAAGGCAGUCACCAUCCCUGUAAACGCGCUGGCCACUCCAAGCGCGGUAAAGGAAAAGCUGGAGCAGCUGAGCUCCCUGCUGUCAGGCAAGCCCUUCAAGGCUGGACCUCGCACAGUGUCCACCACCUCGCAUCCACUGGCCCUGCGUUUCUGCCUCGACAAGCUUGCGGAGAAGAUUGUGCUGCAAGGUGAAGAGCAGAUUCUGUCCAACGAAGAGACUGCCUUUCCUGUGGCGGCGCUGGCUGUGGGCCUCUGGUGUCGCUUCCCUGACCUGGGCGACCUUCUGCUUGGACACUUCUACAUGCGCUGCCCUGCUUUGGUGCCCAUCUUCUUUAGCCGCAGCGUGGCUCCCUCGGACAGUGAAUACUUCAAGUUGUGUGGCUACAAGUCCACUGAAAGCAGCCUGGAGACGGAGAGCCAAUUCCAUAGGCGCAUUACGGGUCUUAUGCGCCUGUAUGCCGCCCUGCUGCAAACGCCACUGCCUCCCUGGCAUAAGCCUGCCAAUGGCGACAGGUCCCGUCAGCCGCCAGGGUCGGAGCGUGGCUGGCAGUGGUUGGCACUGUGCCUGAACACGCCAACCGAGGACCCCGGCUUGGCAGCCACACUGAUUUGCACUUUCCUAGAAGUAGCCGGCUGGGCGCUGGCACGAGACUACGGUCGCCAGUUCCGCAAGGUCCUUCACACUCUCUGUAAGGACUACUUUCCACGCCUCAAGCAGCUCGUGAAGACGACGAGUGGACCCAUUUCACGGCUGGAACAACUGCUGCAACAGGUGCUUCGCAAGGGACACUUGGCUCGGCCUGAGGCCAGCCUUGACGCCAGGGUUUGGAACUAAGCUGAAGUUGUCGAGCAUGUAUUUCCAAAGGCUACACGAAGACACCUGGAAAGUAACCUCAACAGACAGCAUCCUGCUUCAUCGCCAGGUCCACCUUUUCUAUCAACCUUUCAUCUUAUGGCUGCAUGACAGCGACAAGAUAGACAUGCCAAGCUUCUUACUUUGUCAUCACGGAGGUGCACUAGCAGUGACAGUGGAAAAGGGGCUACCAGCGAGCAUGACCAACCGUAUAUGUGCAAAGUGACCACUGCUUCCACGUGAAGGAGCUUGCAUAUAUGGUUGGUACUAUAAGCAGCAUGUCUUUCACUACAGAGUAGUGGAUACAACCAGCAUCUUGACAUAAUUGUGUGGUGAAUGUGACAGGAACGCACAUUCCAUGUGUGCAUCACGAGUUGGAUAUCCUGCAGGCAUCAUUGAAAUCCUUGAGUGGCUUCAGUGUACCUGAAGACUCAGCACGAGACUAGAUGUUUCAACUGCCAUGGUUAGAGUUAGAAUUUGCCGUUAGUGCGCAGAAAAAUCGGCACCUAGUUGGAUGCAUGCUUUCACUGCCUUCUAACACUGAAGGGAAGGCAGCCUUGGACAGACAGGUAGUGAGGUAAUACUAGCAGUACUAAGGGGGCGACGACCUCAAUUCUCAUCCUAAGGAUGGUUUAGCGAAGUGACCCGUAUGUCAAAAAUCAGGCUACUGAUUACAAUUUUUAAAGGUUGUAGGUGUUGCGAAAAAAUGCUUCUAGCACUUCAAAUGCAGCCACCAGGCCUUUUCUUGUAGGCCUGGACAACACGCUUGCUUUUUAUGGGUUCUUGUAAUGACAUUUAUUUGGAAGUGCUGACUGAAACCUUUUUUCAUUGUUCACAUAUAGUGCAGAAAUGUGCCUUUUAUGUCACAAACUGUGCACUUUAACGUUGAAAUUGUGAAUGACAAUGUCAUUUUCAACUAAAGCGCAGAGUGGUUAUUGUUUGUCAUGUACGGCCAUGGUAGGUAGUACAAGCCAAAUAGCGUUUCAUGCAUUGCCAUUGUGUGUGACGAGCUGGGCAGGUGGACGUGAUAGGUUAUUAGCCAAGUCUUUUUGCCGAAUGAUGCGAUAUGGCAAUACAGGUUUUAUGUUUUUAUUCUUGGUAACCAAAUGCAUUUCAGACAAAUUAAAGACAGUGAGAAAAUCAUUAUACUUUUCUCAUUUAGGCCACAUCCCGGAAUAUGCAGAAGUGCUGAUCAUGUGCUUAUUCUUGUUUUGUUUGAGUAGUAGGUAGUGCAGUGAGGCAUGGUAAUGAAAAUACAUCUUUGAUGCAAAGAAGAGAGUUAGAGCUGAUGUUGCAUGUGUUGCAUUUGGAUGCCUUUGCCUCGAUGGCCCUUCGAUUUUCUACAUUUCUGCUAAAGUGAGGUGUAAGUGCAGCCUCACGAAGGCUGCACUGUCUGUUAAUCAGAACAGAAAAUGUAAAGUGGUGCAAGGCUGAGAUUUGGGUCACUUGGUAUGGAUGCAUUUAGGGUUGGAAAAGUGUGACAACCUAGGACAAAGGAAGACAACUAGUACAUGUUUCCGCCUUUUGUCUUGCUUAUCGAAUGUUCGUGAUGUAGUUUGCUUUCUUGACCCUCGUUCAUUGGACUGCCUAACUCUUAGAGGUGUGAACUGGACCAAUAGUCGUGUAUUGAUGAGUGGGCGUACGAAGGCCACGCUUUGUGUCAAUGCUUCACAUGUGAGGCCAUGUGUUGUUGCCCAAUGGAAUGCACCGAUUUCUAAGCUUGCUACUCAGCAAAGGCCUUUGCAGCAAUGCUGCAUCCCCCAUGUGGUUGACACAGAAUGCACUUUUGUUAAUUUGCUUCAUGAUCAUCUUUAUCAUUGGUGAACAGUGAGCAGCCUGCUUCAAGACCAUCAUUAAGUGGUCCCUGUGCACACAGUCAAGAAAGGAAUGCGUGUCUUGUCAUAAUUUGUGAAAAACAAAUCUUUUCAUUGCGCUGUUCUGCCUGCCAGCAACGUGCGAUAUUCAUCUUGUUAGGUCCGCUUGCAGAGGGCCAUUCAUUACUAAAUAAAGAUGAAAUAGAAAGAAUUUUCAAAAAAUGCUGGCUCUCCCGUAAUCAGAGUAGAUGUAAGCAUGAAAUAGCUACUGGCAAAGCAGGUUGGUUGAAGAUUAAACUAUCCACAAUUUUAAAAUGGGUGUAGUGCAUGUUCGCAACGGCACACCCCACCACACCAUACUGUGCACUGGUCCAUAUGGAUGCAGUUGUUUCCUGUCACAGACAGAACCUCGUCACAAGUCUCGUCUUGGCCAAACAGCCAUCCACGGAGGGCCGGACUCUGCCAGCUUGGUCACGCAGCGUGGCGCCAUCUCUCGAGCCGGCGUAACACACGCGCCACAGAACUCACGGACCGCUGGCAUUGAAAAUAGCCCAGGCAACCCUGUCUCAGUGCCAAACAAUGACAAUAAAGUGUAUGGUGCCCUGUAUCUGCCUUUUGAAUGUCGCAUUGGAAAUGAUAAAUAAAACUUCAGCGUACUAGAAGUUACAGCUUCAGUGAUAUUGUGAACAAACAUUCGAAAGAACUCAGAAGCAAUAUUUUUUGUAACUUGUUUAGGCAGUAACUAGCAUAUGUAAUGCGGUCCUGUACAGAGGGUUGGAGGCCAGAGAGAACAUUUUUACAAAGUGUUGGGGGUCAGAGACUGUAUUUUUCUUAAGUUUUGACUGGUUGCCCGGAUUAUCUCGUUUGAAUUCCCAGAUAACGGCUCUGGCUUUUGGCUUAAGGUCACUUGAAGGUCGCCGACAAUGAAAGCUAAAAGUAUUUCAUGCUUAAUAAAGGUUUAGAAAGAGAAACUUUUAGAAAUGAAGAUGAAU